AACGAAGAUAACAAAACACCAUGUUCUUGACGCGUCUCCCCGUUCUCAUUUCGUUGCCGCUCCUCUGGAGCUUUGGUUUUCCGCCAGCACUGGCAUCAAGCGGCACGGACGCCUUAACCCCUGAACUAGGUGGUCUCCUAGGCCGAUUUCUGAACUGUGACCAUGAUCCCUAUUGGCGUGAGUUCCGAAAUAUGCUGCAAAGAUCAAAAGUGGGCGUGUUUGAUCCGGGGAUACUGGGAUCCGUCUACCACAUGUGGAGGAAGUGGAACGGCUGGGUCGAUUUCUUAGAGGAAAAGCAGAUGUGGGGACAUGUCAAAUUGUUCUUCACCGCGGAUACGGGCGAAGAGGAGGCGGGAGCAGGAGUGGACGGCAGUCGUGAUGUGGAGGUAUGAAACGGAUCUUAAUCUGGGAUGAGAGUUUAUACUGUAGUUUAUCUGGGAUGAUGAUUAUCGUGUAGUACUAUUGUGCCCUAGGAUUUUUACUCAUCCUGUUGUCGUGCUGGUCUUGUUGAGUACAAUCAUAACAAAUUAAUUCGUACUGUUUGGCUAUAAUGUCUGCGGAGUGGUCAAGAAGAGGAGGCACGACGUGGACCAGUGCCUGAAGGCUUCACGAUGAAGCGGAUCGAGAACUACCAGCAGUUGAUUGACGUCAUCACUUACGCCCAACAUCAAAACCUGUUUCAGACAAGGUUUACCGACUUCUCCGAACAGAAUAUACGCGUUUAUCCUGCUACUGAGGAUGACGAACAGAACGAGCAGAAAAGUCUUCAGACAAGAGGAGAAUUAUGGGUCGUGUAGGAAGUUCAUCAUCUCCAAAUGAGUCAUCUGAGAGAGAGAAAAAGACAAGAGGAAAAAGGGGCCCAGAUGAUCCCUGGGAUGAAUUCCCGAUACCUCUAAGAGAAGACGAAGAUCCGCUUGAUGAGUACAAUCGGGGUUUCACGUUGCAGGAAGCAUCGCACGACUUCGAGGCAAAGAUGCAGAUUAUCCGUAAACAGCUUGAGGACUUGCCUUUGAGAACCGAUGAAGAACCUCCAGAGGAGUUGUUGGAGAUCAUAUCGGAUCCAGAGAGAACUUACCUAUUCGCUGAGGAACGAGCUAGAGAACGCGCUUUAUUUGGUGACGUUUCGGCUUUUCAAGCGUUUUUGCGGUGUCCCGUAGGGUACAUGAUCACGCACUACGUGGUGAUGACAGUCCAGCGUGUCCGAGGGGAGCCGAGUAGUGAUUAUGGAUUCCAGUAGCAUAUCAACCUAGAGGUGGUAGAGCUGCGCAAGUAGAAUAGAAGUAAAUGAUGAUGACAUCGAUCCUAUCACUAUCUCGAAUUAUACUAAGAUAAUUAAGGUGCUUGGACAGAUUCUUACUCCAUUGAUCACUUCUAUGCAGCGUGCUCUAAUCCCAAGAACUCGAUCUCUUCUGGCGAAACCAUAUGCGCAUCAUGAACUCCUUGCAGGGCUGGCCAGGUUUUAGUUUGGACUUUCUUGACACCGGCAGUUGGGGCAGACCACUCGCGAGUAGCUUCGAUAUGUUUGUCAAUGUCAAGAAAGUAGUGUCAUUGGACGAGGACGGUGAAGUGGGAACUGAUGUGGAUGCACCACUUCCAGCAAGUGCUCGCGAGUUUUUUCAAACCUACGAACAUUUCUUUGAGCAGAAACCCGUGGUGUGGGAUGUUUUCGAUGCCGGCGUGGCGGGCUCUUCUGAAGUGGCAGUGGCCGACGUGUCUCCUGCUGAAGCUAAUCAUGUUCCCUACCGACCACGAUGGCUUGAGAUCUUGAGUAAAAACCUUUUCGUCAAGAUUCUGGUGUCCUUUUUCAACUCAAAAGCAGAAGAGCCGGAGCUGAAGAUGUGGGGAGAUUUCCAAGGUUCAGGUGAGCAUGCGCAUUCUGUACUGGCGUAUUUUCAACGAUGGACAUCAAGGGGAACAUCAUCAAGAACAGAAGUGGAAGUUGUAGGCGCUGAUGAAACUUCAAAAAGGGCGACUCUUUCGUUGCGUCACACUGGUAACGAUUUGCUGCUGCAGACUCUUUUCCGCAACUCCGCUUCGCUGUUGGGAGUUUCUGAGGAAAGUCUUCGCUGGAAAAUGCUAGCGAGGUACAUAGAGAACGCUCUAGUACCAAAAGAAACAACUACAAUACCGUUUUCUUCAGCUUCAGCCACAACAACUUCUCCCUACUAUGGAAGACUCCUUGCCUUAACAUCUUCACCACCAGUUUUUGAUCUCCACUUCGAGUCCACUUUCCAAACCUUAGAACAUACACCCAUCCGCAUCUGUGCCUUUGGAGAACAUGGACCUACGAAUAUGGACUACGUUUCAUCCAUAAUUGCAGCACUCACGCCUAUUGAGCAGGAAGAAAUAAAGUACAUGCACAAUCUUCAACCAAGCGGUGGAGGAUCACGAAAACGUGGAGAUGAUAGAGCAAAUGUAGAAGUUGAGCACUAUUUCUCGCAUCGCUGGAACCUGAAAGACACAGCCCAAGGCGACGGUAUGCACAUCCGUGUCAGCUGGCUGGAGUUUUGGGGUAUGCCAUUGACCAAAUCUCAAGGCAACAAACAUCACGUUGGUACUGGACCGAAGCUCGACAAGUUUUUUGGUUCAGUAAAAGACGCUGACUUCGGAAGAAAGGAUGUCGAUUACGAGCGAACAGAGCCUUGGACACUGUCGGAAGCUGUGACGGCAUUGGUAGAAUACCUGGCGCAAGACGAGUUCUACACUAGUGCGGACGUCUUGGUGGGCUGCGAACCUUUUUGGCUGUGUCCGGUGCUGCACGAAGUCGGGCGGAUUUUGAGCAGUGGACCGAGGAAUGAAUGGGGUGGUGUUAGCGAAUGGUAUAGGAUAGGAAAAGAGAAUGAACGCCUACUUCAGGAAGAAACUGAAAACGCAGUAGCUACCAGUUUUUACCAGCACACACCACUUCUCCUUCCCCGCCUCAACAUGUGUCCCAUGUUCCUUUUCAGAGGUCAUUUCAAGGAUGAAGAAGGGCAAGAAGGAAGUAGUACUGCAGACAUCUACCGCAUGAUGAAGCGCAUGUUGGAGGACGGCGCACCUCUCUCAUCCGCUUGUCGCAUCUCCGCUGAGAUGUUCAGCACGCAAUUCAAGAAGGAAAUUCCCUAUGUGCCCUUCUUAGGACUACAUACAGCACCGGCGGUUUAUGAUCGAGGCGGAAAACGCGGAAGCGAGAUCUUGGUUUUCCGAACCUUUUUGCCGAUCAUACACACUUUCUUGCACAUUUUGAACAUGUUCCAAGCGCAUUUCCGAAAUGACGCUGUUGGAGGUGGAGAAUCUCCAAUCAUCGAUGGCAGUGGUUUUCAUCCAGCAGAACGAGACAUCCACAAAUUUCUUGCUGCACAUCAAAGUAGCGAUGAUGAGGAGGGGACUUUCUCUUUCUCGCAUGAUGACCUACUGGUCAAUUCAAUGCCACCAACACCUCUUCCUCUUCGGUCUUCCUCUGUUCCAGAAGAUGGCACCACUAGAUUUGAUCUCCACCCUCGCCAAUUCGUUACGAUGAAUAGUGGAGAGAAUUACCCCUACCAAGCAAUCGCCAAUUACGCAGCUGUCGUUCUGCUACCGCACGUCCCCAAUGCACUCCGUUUGUCCGACAUGCAGGCAAUGGCUGUCCCCGUUCUUGUACCGGCAGAGCCCUAUAUUCACAAGAUAGUGUGGCCAUUUGCUGGCCCAUAUUGCGGUAGAACCUCACCUGAGGAAAUAGUGCGGGCUAUCCCAGGGAAAAUGGAGGAGAGGUUUCAGUUUGUUUCUUCCGAACUGCAAGAAGACGCAAUAGCUGCAAAAGACAACAAUUAUCUUCCCGAUAACUACCCUCGGACAACGACAAACAACAUCACCACACUCUUCGAUGCCGCACGUUUAGCACCACAGCAUCCUUAUUCUCCUUUCGACUUUCAGAGUACUGCAGAAUUGCUGUAUGAGCGCUUCCAUCAUGACCGUCGCUACUGGCUACGCUUCACAGAAUGGGCCGAAAGGGGUCACUUGCUGGUCAAAUUUAUUAUGGCCUAUGUCGUCGGGGUCGGUGUUGAUGUUGUGAUGCUUAAAAUUUUCAUCCUACAGUACUCAGUCGAUGACAUUGCAUUAGCAUUUUCUGCACCCUUUCUUUGUUGUUUUCAAAGUUUUUUCUAGUACUGUUGUAAUAUUAUCUGUACCGGACGACCACCAUAGCUUGAGCUUCUACCUCCUCCUCACACGACCGCUGCUUUCUAAUUCCCGCAGCGUCCGUCAUCUCUAUUUUCUAGGGAUGACACUGAGCGACGCCGAUUUUGACGACUACAGCGCAAGGAUGAGGGAGGAUCAGGAGGCGCGAAGGACAGAGGCUUUAGGAUUCUGGCGCUUUGCUGUCAGGAGUGCGAUUUUUAGGAGGUCCAUUUGAUAGGAGUUGAACUCUAACUUUGAUCUGUAUCAUUUACUGAGAUAUUACAACCGCUACCAACAGUACCACCACGAGAAUACUUGAUAAUUACACUUCUUACAAGUAGAUGAUCAAGAACAUGGAGACAGGUACAUCCUACGAAGAAUCACUGCGCAGAUGGCUCAAAAACGAAAAUGGAAAGUGAAAAUCACAAAUUGAAAUCGGCACAACAAGCCCAUUCCCAUGAU